AUGUUGGAAGUGUUGGUUGCCUUCCUGGUGUGUCUGCUGAUUCUUCGCUUUCUGAAACAACCCGGGUCAAACAGGUCAUACCCUCCUGGGCCUCUUCGACUACCCAUCAUUGGAAGUUUGUGGCGAUUAGGGAUCAAGCUUCGUAAAGAUACAUCUAUUAAGCUUGCAAAACAAUAUGGAAAUGUUUACAUGCUAUGGCUGGGACCUAUUCCUGUAGUUGUCCUGUCGGGAUAUGAAGCAGUGAAAGAAGCGCUGAUAAACCGUUCAGAAGACUUUGCUGAUCGACCAGUGACCCCUUUCCUGAAAAUCAUAGGAAAGGAAAUGGGUAUUGUAUUCUCAAACGGCCACACCUGGAAGCAACAGAGGAAGUUUGCGAUGGUUACCAUGCGGAAGCUGGGACUAGGGAAGAAAGGCACAGAGCACCAAAUAGAAGAGGAGGCCCAUCAGCUUCUUCAGGCUUUUGCUAAUGCAAAGGGGCAUCCAUUAGACCCAUCAAUCCAAAUCAGAAAUUCAGUCACCAACGUGAUCUGCACUGUGGCUUUUGGAUGCCGGUUCUCUCCUGAAGAUGAGCAAUUCCUUGAGUUGGUGGAAGCCAUUGAAGACAUCUUUGGCUUUAUUGGCAGCUUCAGUCAUGGUCUCUUUGAAGUUUUCCCAUGGCUCAUGAAACAUCUUCCAGGGCCUCAAAAGAAGGCCUUAUCAUGUGUAGAGGCUGUGCUUUCAUUUGCAAGACAGGAGGUAGAAAAGCAUAAGGAGCAUCACGCUGACUACGAGCCCCAGGAUUUCAUUGAUUUGUAUCUAUUACAGAUGCAGAAAAGCAAGAAUGACCCCAACUCUACUUACAAUGAAGACAACCUGUUGCAGUGCAUUUUUCAGUUCUUCAUCGGAGGAUUGGAAACUACAUCCCUGACUUUGCGAUGGGGGUUGCUCCUCAUGGCAAAUCUUCCAGACAUCCAAGAGAAAGUCCACAAAGAGAUUGAAGAUGUUUUGGGUUCCUCUCAAUCAUUCACCUACCAAGAUCGGAAGAAACUCAACUACACCAAUGCUGUAAUUCAUGAGAUCCAGCGUUCACAAUAUGUCUUUUUUAUUGGGGCCCCCAGACGAUGCACAAAAGAUGUAGACAUGCUUGGUUUUCUCAUUCCAAAGCAUGCAGUGAUUGUUCCAGAUCUACACUCAGUUCUUCUUGAUCCUAAACAAUGGGAGACACCUGAGGCAUUCAACCCAAAUCAUUUUUUGGACAAGGACGGAAGUUUUGUGGAAAAAGAAGCCUUUCUUCCAUUUGGUGCAGGAGCUCGUAUCUGUCCGGGAGAGCAGCUGGUGAGGAUGGAGCUCUUCAUCUUCUUCACUAGCUUGAUAAGGGCUUUUACUUUGCAGCUUCCAGAAGGAGUGAAAGAGCUGAAUACAGAACCUUUGGUUGGGCUAUCAUUAGUUCCCCGCCCUUAUAAGAUCUGUGCUGUUCCCCGGAGCAGUUCAUGAGCUGUACAGAUUGGAGUGGAUUAUUUCCUAGUGUUAAUUUAUCCUUCAUUCCUUUUGCCUAAGCCUGCUUAAUUCAUUAUUUCCAGUAAUUCUGGAACAGUAAUUCUCUCCUGUUUUGAGGGAAGCUCCCACUUCCUCUGUCAUUGAAGUGAAUUGCUGUCUCUCCUGAAUGAAUUACAGAGAUCACACUUAAAAGCUGAUUGACAAAGUUCUAGCAUGAUCUGAUACAUCUGGACCGAAACGCAGCCCAAAGUGAUGUUUCACUGGGAAACCUGUUUUCUUGCUUCCAUUUUUGGACCGGGACUUGAUUGGAAUCCAUACAUUUAUCUGUUGUAAUCUGUAAAGUAUUCAAGUGGAGUCUUACAUGUGAUUGUCAAGACCAGAUUGUCUGGUUUUCUCAU